AUGGAGGGUAUAGUCUCCAUAGCAGAAACUAAAAACUGAGAGUGUCGCCCAUUGCACGCUGGGAAAUAAAGUCUGCCAUCUUGAGUGGCAUGGUCUUUACUCAAAGUGCGUCGACGAUGAGAAAUGGCGAUAAUUAGUGAAAAUAAUACUGUUGUGAUUUACACUAGUUGUUGAAUAUAAAUAAAAAACGUUCUAUUAAGUAUUAACAAUAACAAAACAACAAUGGAUGCGGUAAAGGCAUUUAAUGGAGAGCUGUCUGCUCUCUAUGAUGUCAAGCCGCCGAUAUCCAAGGCUAAGAUGAAUUCACUGACAAGAGGCGCGAUAAAAGCCAUCAAAUUUUACAAACAUGUUGUACAGAGUGUAGAAAAAUUUAUACAAAAAUGUAAGCCAGAGUACAAAGUACCGGGUCUUUAUGUAAUAGACUCUAUUGUGCGGCAAUCUAGGCAUCAAUUUGGCGUUGAAAAGGAUGUAUUUGCCCCGAGAUUUGCUAAAAAUAUGCAAACAACAUUUUUGAAUUUAUUAAAAUGUCCACCAGAGGAUAAAAGCAAGGUGAUACGUGUAUUGAAUUUGUGGCAGAAAAAUUCAGUUUUUCAACCUGAAGUUAUUCAACCAUUAUUCGACCUUGCCGAUCCAAAUCAUCCGAUUCACAAAGAGCAAGCGAUUAAUUCUAACGGAGCAUUAAAUACUAGUGGUAAUAAUUUAAGUAAUCUUGGUUCUAUAACUAAAACACCACCGGGUGGUAAAAACACACCUAAAGAUCAAAAAAUGUUCUCUGCUAAGACUAUUGACCCUGCAUGGUUGGCACAGACUAAAUUAGAGACCGCCAAUAUGGUUAAUGCUAAUAAAUUACUCGGUCAGUCGGGCGCUAAUCAAGUUGACGCUUCAUUUUUAGAUCAGCUUCAACAUCUCCAGCAGUUGCUAUUAAAAAAACAAGAAGCAUCUAAUGAUACUCCAAGUUCUGUUAAAUUUGACAAAAAAUUGUUGGACUUUGAUUAUGGAGAAGAGGAAGAUGAUGAUGUAAUGAUGGCAAGUUCACCUGCAGCAGCAGUUACGGCUAGUAAUCAGCACAACGCAGUCACAAGCGGUAAUCUAGAGAGUCUGGGAUUAUUAUUGACCAACCCGGAGGUUUUAAGACAGUUACAAACCCUGCAGCAGACUAUGCAAGGUAACGUAGCGACAGCACAGCUCGAAAUGGAAGAAAAAAUGCGUAAGCUUCAGCAGAUGAAGCAGCAAGAAGAUGAGUUUGAUAAACACCUCGCUCAAACUGUACCGAAUCUUCCGUUUGCUUCUGAAUGUGAGCUAAAGCCUUCGGAUGUUCUCAAACCAAGUCAGCACAAUACGUACAGCAAUGUGUCGAAUUUAAUGCAGCAGGAUAUGAGCCAGCCACCACCAGGUUAUCCUCCAGCAUUUGUUUCUCAAUCGACCUCAGCACUAAGACAGCCAAUAAUGCACUCAAACCAAAAGAGUCCUCUGAUAGAUGAGCGACAAGACUCUCAAGAUUAUCAGUCGACGCAGACAAGGCGUGACAGCAGUAGCGUAGAAAUUGUUAAUUUAGAUUCUGUUAGAUCUCAGAGCAGAUCUCCAGAACGUUUCCGACGACACAGUAGGUCCAGGUCGCCUCGUCAUCGUGGUCGAGAUCGGGACCGAGACAGAAAAUCCCGGUCGAGGAGUCGCUCACGGCGACAGAGGUCUCGGUCACGUGAUCGCAAGCGCGAAGAAACUCGUGCUAAAAAUUCUGAGGAGGAGAGAGAAAAAGAACGAGAGCGAAGGAAACGUGGAUUGCCGCCGAUUGAGAGGGAAAAAAUGAGCGUAUGCAGUACUACGCUUUGGGUUGGGCAUUUAUCUAAGCUUGUACAUCAGGAGGAAUUGUCUGAUACGUUUGGCGAGCUUGGUGAUAUUGUUAGCAUUGACUUGAUUUCACCUAGAGGGUGUGCUUUUAUUUGUAUGAACAGGCGACAAGACGCCUAUCGAGCUUUGACUAAACUUAAAAAUCAUAAAAUGCAAGGCAAAGCUAUCACGUUAGCCUGGGCACCUGGGAAAGGUGUUAAAGGCAAAGAAUGGAAGGAUUAUUGGGAAGUUGAGCUUGGUGUUAGUUAUAUUCCUUGGAAUAAAUUGAAUAAUGUCACUGAACAGGAAUUGGAGAUGCUUGAAGAAGGUGGAAUGAUUGAUGAGGAUACGCUACCUCCAAGACUGAAAGGUAAACUGAAGCAUUCAGGAUCUAAAGAAGGAAUGCAAGCAAUCCAAGUGCCUCCAAUUGGGGGUGCUCCAAUUCCAACAUUAACUGAUGGAAUUGUUAACGUAAUGCCACCGUCAACAGGGACACAACAGCAACCUAUGAUUGACACAAGUCAGCCACCGCCAAUCAGAGCAACGGCUUCAACUAAUUUAAUGCCACCUACUAGCGCUCAAUUAUCAAUGAUGCCACCAGGAUUCCCUAUGUCAGGAGUUCCACUCAACAAUGCAGGUAUGCUUGGACCUCCAAUGGGUUUACAAAUGCCGCAUGGUUUAAUGCCAAAUGUACCAAUUGGAGUACCUCCACCAAACAUGCAAGGGCUUUUGGGUCCUCCGGGAAUGAUGCCAUCGAUGCUUACACAACAAGUUAAUUCUCCUUUUGGCGCUGGAGUCGGCGUUGGUCUUAUUACUCAAAUUCCACUUCCUGCACCUGCUGCACCAUCAGAUAAAUCAAACUCAACAGGCAUGCCUCACAAUGUACCGCCGAUGGGUGUGCCACCUCCUACGGGAGAAACUAAUCUACCAAAUCUUCCAAUGCUUCGUCAACCAUUUAACGUGGGUCCACCACCACCACCAAUGCAAAUGCCAAUGCAACCGCAGCACUCGGAGGAUAUGGACGUUGAAAUGGAAGACGUUAUGCCUCCAAGUUCAAUAAAUCCUCCGAAAGAUAAGCCGAACUUGAGUGACCAGUUGCUGGCAGCUAUGAACAAAGCUCCGAACAUGAAUGACAGAGCAGAUAGUGAGCGAGAGUUCAGAGAUCGGGAUCGAGAUAGAGACCGUGAGAGAAGAGACCGAGGCGAGCGUGACAGAGCUGACAGAGAUGGAAAUGACAGUCGGGGACGAGACCGUGGCCGAGGAAGAGACAGAGGUCGUGAUCGGAGACGAGACGGUCGGGAACGCGACCGAGAUGAUCGGCGAGAUCGUGAUCGAGAUAUGAGACCUCAUGAUGGUCCGCUGCCGUUGCCAGGUUCGGGCGUUGGGCUUCUUCAGGAACCAGACAUGGGUCCUAAAAAAGAUAAAAUGAGCCUCGCUGAUAGAUUACGGCAAUUGGCUGAUGGUACUCUGCCGAUGGAUGACAGAAUGGAUCGUGGCAUGCGUGAUCGCAGUGAGCGCAAUAUGGAUAACAGAGGCGACAGACCGCCGCCUUUUGAAGACAUCCCUGGUGGCCGUAGACCCGGAGAUGGCCCGCCGUCGUUGUUAGAUCUUCCGAAGUUCCCAGGUGUACCUGGUGAGAGACCAGACUUUGGACCACGUGGCCCAGAUUUUCGAGGGCCUCAAGAUCAUCGCGACUUUCCGCGAGGUGAUCGUGAUCGUCCUGGAUUUGGUCCUCGUGGUGGUCCCAGAGGAACUAUGGACGAAUUUCCGGAUCACAGAAUGCACGCUGGACGUUUUCCGGAUGAGUUUGAGCGACAUGGAGGUCCUCGACCGAAUGACUUUGAUCACCGCUUAGGUAUGGGAAGAGACGACUUUGAACGUGCUGAGCACCGUGGUCGGCACCCAGAUGAAUACGAUCCAGAUAGACUUGACUUUGACAGACGACCAAGAGACGGUUUCGAUCCGCGAAUGGCGGAUGGAUUCGACGCCCGAGCUCAUCCGGACCAUCCCGAUUUUGAUCCGAGAAGAAGAGAUUUCUUCGGGCACCUGGAACCUGGAUUUGGUCCUCCGAUGGGUCCUCGAGGUCCCAGAGGUCCAAUGGGCCCUGAUGGAUUCGGAUCGAGAUCCGGAAUGGGUCCGCGAGGUCACGGUCCGCCGAUUUUCCAUCGGGGAAUGGGGCCAAGAGGAAUGAGGCCAGGGAUGCGACCACCAUUUGGUCCGCGAGGUCCAUUUGACCCUCGUGAAGGCGAAGCUUUCUUCAGGGGACCAUUUGACGACAAUCGUGGUCCGCCGUCUUCCCACUUGAGACCACCACCUUUCGGUGGACCACCAGGACCUCCGCUUCCAGAUCCUUGGAGAAAUCCAGACGCUGUGCCUCCACCAUUGCCGCCCGUCUGGGCUAGUAUGGAAGGUAACAAUGGACAUGAGCCAGAUGAACACACUCGUGAAAAUCACGUUAACCAGCGAGAUAAUAAAGGUCAUAUGAGUCGUGACAAGCAUCAAGAUCGUGAUCGUGAUCGUGAUAGCAGAAAUUCGAGAAACAGAAAAUCUAGAUGGGGAAAUGCUAGUCCACUGCCACAAGAACAAUCGGAAGCUGCAAGAUCUGAGCAAGAUUCUGGAGAGAAGAAAAUAUUUGACGAAAAUCGUACUGUUGACAAUGAUAAUUCAAAGGGAGCUGACGAACAUCAUGGUGAAUCGACGAUAAAUGAGUCAUCGAGUGAAUUACAACAACCUAAAGCAGACGUUGAUAAUAGUCAUGAUAAUCCUGAGAUGAAUCAUGUGCCAACAUUAGAUGAUGCAAAUAAUUUCGAUAUUCAAAGCUUAGAAAAACAUGAUGCGCCUGAGAGUCAUGAGUUUGAUGAGCCACCGAAAAAUGUUGGUCUAGCUCACGAGGAAGAACAUUAUCAUCAUCAUCAACAGCAGCAACACCAGCAAGAGCAGCCCGAGCAGCAUGAGCACCAAGAAGUGCAGUCGCAUCAAGAAAAAAUUGAACAGCAACAUCAACAAGAACAACAUCAAUUAUCAGCUGAAGAUGAUAACACAUCAAAACCCAUGGAGAUUCAAAAUGAAAGUGAUGCGCCGGUGAUAGCUUCGGAAGAAACGUUGUAACAAGUUUAAAUAUGCUUUUGGGAUGUUGAGAGUGACCAAAGUAAGAGACAAAAAGUAAUUGGAUCUCUCCCCGGCCUGAGAGGGUUAAUUUUUGUAAAUUAUCAUCCAUUAUUAACGGUGUACAUAAAACAAAUAAGAGCUAAAAUGAUUUUAAUAAUGCACGAAGUGAAUAGAUAAAAAAAAAUGAUAAAUAUUAGAAUAUGAACAUUGGAAGUUGAAGUGCUGGUUUGUUGGAGUGGUGGGAAAGAAAAAAUAACAGUGAAUCCAGUGAGUCUCGAUUAGAAAAAUAUUCUUCUAUCUCUUUUCUAAAUUUAUUUAUUAUUAUCAUUAUUUUUAUUUUUAUUGAUAUUUAGAAAAAAUUUAAAACUUCGAGUAAAAUGAAUAAUUAAAUUUUGACGUAAUAACAAACGUUCUAAUCGUUUGUAUUUGAAAGUAUUCGAGAGUAUAUAAUUGAAAAAAUAUAAUUGCUGCUUAAACAUUGCUGUAAUGGUGAACACAGGACCUAUAUACAGAUAUUUAUAAUUAAUUAACUUUGAAAGAUAGGAAGUCAGUACAAAUUUAUAACAUUUAAUUAUUGUCUAUGUUAGAUAAAAACAAAUUUAAAUUUCAAGUUUGACAAUGAAUAAUUGCCUUUAUUAAUAAUUAUUAAUAUGGAAAGACAACAGAUUUAUUGAGCACUUUAUCAACUUGAUAUUUAUUAUUAUUAUUAUUUUUUUUUUUUUAUUAAGUCUUUGUUUAGAUGUUUUUGUACAGAGAAUUUGCAAUCUUAUACACAGUCGUAGGUAUAAUACAGCAAAGUUAUUUUACCUAGUAAAAAAAUGAAAAAAUGAUUAUAAUUAUAAUUAAUAAUUUAUUAAAUUGUAAAUAAUUUUAUAUUUUUCUAGUAGAAAAAUAAAGAAACAAAUUGUGCAAAAGUAGUUGCUCAAUUGAAACUAAAAAAAAGUAAAAAGAACGUAAAUAAAUAUUUUAUACGUAUUGUUUUAAAACUAUAAAUAAUUUCAGCGUUGUCAUUCCAACGGUCCUCAAAUAAUUGAAUUAUGCAUGAAAGAAAUUGAUUACCUAAUUAGUUAAUUUUAAUUAAAAUCAAAUGAAAAUUUUAAUUUAAUAACUAAGGUGUAUUUUGUUUGAUUUUUUUUUAUUUCUCAUUUUUUGUUAUUGUUUAAUUGAUAAUUAAUAAUUGAUUAAAAAUGAGCUAAAUAAAAUGGUGAAGAUUGAUAAUAUUGUCAACUCGGUUCCUGUGUUCACGCUCGCACGUGUUGUCUCUUGCACGCCCGCAGCAGCGAUGGAAAACUCGCGCUUGCGCUCAAACUGAGUGACAAGUGCAAGGUACUGUUCAUAAAUAAUUACAAUUUCAACAAAUUAGAUGAUUAUAUAUUGUUAUACGUUAUGAUAAUAAUAAAAAUAACGAGACUUUAUAUCAUAUAAUGAUAAUGAUUUACACUGGAAAAUAUUGAGAAGAAUAAUUAAAUAUAAUGACACUGGAAAAUUAUUAUCAAGCCCGCACCACUCCACUACCAUCGUUGUCAACUUUUCGGCAAAUAAAAGUGUUCUGUACCAUCACAAUAAUUUUUAAAAAUUAAUCACAAAUAAAUAAUUUCAAUAGUUAUUAAUUAAAUUUAUCAAUUUGAUGUUAUUAUAUAAAUUUUCAAAAAAAAAAAAAAAAAAAAGAAAAAAACACGAAUUUGUAAAUGCGUUAAAAAUUAGAUGGCCUUUAUCGAUUUUCGUUUCUUCUUUUUAUUUAUCUUUUAAAUUGUUAAGGAUUAUUUUAAUUAUUGUAUAGAAAACUAAAAAAAAAAAAAAAUAACUCUAAAAUAUAUUGCAUUAUAUAUUUAUAAAUUAAAGAUGUUAAUAAAUAUAUAAGUAUAUAAUGCAAAUAAUAAAUUUAAAAAUUAUUAAGAUUUAUUAAUAUUAAUAAAAUAACUUUGUCAUUAACGCGACGAUUGUGUUAUAAAUUACUAUAAUAUUUGGUUAACAGAUUAUAUUGAUAAAAAUAUAACGUCACUUAUUGAAAUCUGUUGUUUUUGUUACAGAAUGAAAUUUGAAAUCAAUCGUGUAAGACUAAAUCAACAUAAUAUCUAACUUGCGAACGAUUAAAAUGAAAGAUAGAAAAUAAGGAGUGGUGCGUGGCGCAGCUUAUUGUAUUCGUUUAAACAUUUUUUUUUUUAACUUUAAAUUUAUUAUUACUCACUACUAUUAAAUAUGAAUAUAUAUAAUUAUUACUAAUAUGUUAAAUUAUAGUCUAGUUGGUGCUGUAUUUGUGCCGUUGUAAUUGUAUAUUUUUACUUGACAGUAAAAUUUAAAAUAAUAUCAAUGUAUUAUCUUUAAAAAUA